CCCACCCUCCUCCGGAGGAGGAAGGAUCCAGCUCAUUGCUGUGUCUGUCUGUGUCUGCUUCCCGCGCACUCACUCGGAUUCGAGCUGGCCGGCAGACAUCGAAUUCGGGCGCGUUGAAGCAGUGGCGUUUCUCGCCGUUUCUCGUUUCUUUCUCAUUCCGUCCAUUACGGUGCUGGGCUGCCGCCGUUUCCAUAACAGCGCUUUCCUUGGAACUUUGCCCGAAUGAAGUGAUAUUCGGAAGAAAAAAACGUCAAAUACAAAGAUUAGAACGAAAGCACUUCAAAUAGGACGAGUGGAUCAAAGGCAAUGGUCAAGAGUCCUGCAUUUGGGUCCUCCUCCGAGCUGCUUGCUCAGGACAGAACAAUCUGGCUAGAACAGGACCAGGGAAGACGCGGUGUCGCCGGCCGUGACGCUGGGCACGCCACCUGUCUGACUCCCAGCACUGCUAGCGCUCCCAGGCUGAGGACCAAGCAUCUCCUAUCCAGCGAAAUCUCUGAAGCCUGAUGUCUAUUCCCCGGAGCCCCACAUCCAGUGAGGAUGACAUGGCCCAGAGUUUUUCUGAUUACUCAGAAGACUGCGCUUCUGAAAGCUCCCAUGAAGAAACCAUUUAUGAAACUAUAAGGGCAACUGCUGAGUCAUCACCACGCCCCAUGGACGACAUCCAAAUAAACUCUCUGGUCAUCCGUGUUAUCAUCCCCGACCUGCAGCAGACAAAAUGUAUGGGGUUCAACCCUAACGCAACAGUCUGGGUUGCCAAGCAGCGAAUCCUGUGUACACUUAAUCACAGCCUGAAGGACGUGCUCAACUAUGGGCUUUUCCAGCCUGCCAACAGUCGGAGAGAUGGCAAGUUCCUGGACGAAGAACAUAUCCUCCGAGAGUACCCUCAACCAAUCAGCAGAGGUGUUCCAUAUUUGGAGUUUCGCUACAAGAGCCGAGUCUACAGGCAGCCCAGUUUGGAUGAGAAACAAAUUGCCAAACUUCAUACGAAGGCCAAUCUGAAAAAGUUCAUGGACCUUAUACUCCAUAAUCAGGUGGACAAAGUUUCUAAGAUGUUAGAGAGAGGCCUUGAUCCCAACUACCAUGAUAGUGACACUGGUGAAAGCCCUUUGACCUUUGCAGCACAACUGGAUAACGUGGUGGAGAUGAUAAAAGUUCUUAAGAAUGGAGGUGCUCACCUGGACUUCAGAGCCAAAGAUGGUAUGACAGCCCUCCAUAAAGCAGCGCGUUCCAAGAGCCAGGUUACACUCACGACACUAUUGGAGCUGGGUGCAUCUCCAGACUACAAGGACAGCCGUGGUCUGACUCCUUUGUAUCACAGCGUGGUUGUGGGGGGCGACCCAGGUUGCGGUGAGCUCCUUUUGAAUCAUCGAGCCUCUGUGUGCUGCCAGGAUGAGAAUGGCUGGCAUGAAAUUCAUCAGGCCUGCCGACAUGGACAUGUGCAGCACCUGGAGCAUUUACUGUUCUAUGGAGCAGACAUGAGUGCUCAGAAUGCCUCAGGAAACUCUGCCUUACAUGUCUGUGCGCUAUAUAACCAGGAUAACUGUGCCAGAGUGCUGCUUGUUCGUGGAGCUGAUAAAGAAGUGAGGAACCACAACAGCCAGAGUCCUUUUCAGGUUGCAAUUAUUGCUGGAAACUUUGAUCUCGCUGAACUUAUCGAAAACCACAAAGAGAGUGAUUUAGUGCCUUUCCGUGAGGCUCCAGCAUACUCCAAACGACGCCAAGGUCCAUCAUCUGGUAAAAACAGUGGAAACAGCCAGUCCCCCAUAUCUUUAUCAGCUCCACGGCUCCUGUUGCGCUCUAACAGUGACAACAACCUAACAGUGAGUCAGUACGAGCACCACGGUUCACCAAGCAACUGGGCACCCCAUCUACAGCAACACCUAAACAGGGCCAACCAACAGGGUCACUCACAGCCUGGCUCCUCAGCAUUACAUCGCAGCCUGUCACCACAGCUGCUUCAGCAGAUGCCCAGCGGCAGACCCAAUGGCAAUGUGGUUGUUCGGACCAUGGGAAAGGGGUCAAGGAGCCGGUCACCCUCCCUCAGCCGGCUGGGGGAGGAAGCCCGACUGGCUAUACCCUCACAUCGCCAACCCAAUCCCAGCAGUCAUGGAGAUGCCCUAGGUACCAGGAGGAAGCUGUACAGUGCGGUCCCAGGAAGACACUUUGUGGUGGUUCGUCCUUACACUGCCCAGGCUGAAGGAGAGCUCAACCUCUAUAAAAAUGAUAGAGUAAAAGUUCUGAGCAUCGGAGAAGGGGGGUUCUGGGAAGGCAGCACCCGUGGACAGGUGGGCUGGUUCCCGGCCGACUAUGUGGAGGAGAUCCCUGCCAAAGCCACCGAGGAGAGGAGCUAUUCCCGAGCGGACCGUGCUGACAGACGGAAAUUGUUCAGACACUACACUGUGGGCUCUUAUGACAGCUUUGAUGCCUCCAGCGACUGCGUGGUGGAUGAGAAGACGGUGGUACUCCAGAAGAAGGAGAAUGAAGGAUUUGGGUUCGUGCUACGAGGGGCAAAAGCGGAUACACCCAUUGAGGAGUUUACCCCUACCCCGGCCUUCCCAGCUCUGCAGUAUCUGGAGUCAGUAGACGAGGGGGGCGUGGCAUGGCAGGCGGGGCUCAGGACGGGGGACUUCCUCAUCGAGGUGAAUCAGGAGAAUGUGGUGAAGGUAGGCCACAGACAGGUGGUCAACAUGAUCCGUCAGGGUGGGAACCGCCUCUUGAUCAAGGUGGUGACAGUAAGCCGGAAUCUGGACCCUGAGGACACAGCACGUAAAAAAGCUCCUCCACCACCAAAGAGAGCUCCCACUACUGCCCUGUCAAUGCGCUCCAAGUCAAUGACCUCUGAACUAGAGGAACUGGCUACUCUAAGGAAAAAGAAAGGUGAUAAAGUUGAAGAGAUGACGCAUGCCCAGAAGACAUCGCCAAUGGAUAUGAAGAUCGCAACAAUCAAGCCACGGCCAUCAAGUCGCUGCUUGGUUACACCCACUGAACUAAAUUCCAUGUACCAUGAUCGCCAGGGAGUAGCAGUGGUUCCACCCACUGUGCCAGGGGCCUUUUUGGGGUUACCAGAGAAGAGCAUGCUCAAGAAGCAAAAGUCUAUAGGUACAGCAGAGGAGGAAAAACAGGGAUUCCUUACGCCUCCUCUACUUAAAUUUUCCCGCAGCCUCUCAAUGCCAGAUACUUCAGAGGAUAUCCCUCCUCCCCCAGCUAUUUCACCCCCAUCACCACCUGCCUUCAACUCGCCCACUGGUUCAACCCCCAAGAGUUACGGUAGCACAAGACCCACCUUUGCCCAGAACUCAUCUAACGCAGUGACGACUAUUAGUAGAACCACAGAUGUUGGUACAUUGAGGCGGGGCUACCACAGACAGAGUUCAGAGCAUUUUGAAAGCCCACGUAGUCGUGGGCGCACACCAGUACCCGAAAACCCGUACUCUGAAGUAGGCAAUAAAAAUUUGUAUGUGCCAGCAAAACCAGCCCGAAGGAAGGGGAUGCUAGUAAAACAGUCAAAUGUCGAGGAUAGUCCAGAAAAAACAUGUCAUAUGCCAGAAAGCCCCUCGGGCCCAGUUUCCAUUCUGACUACACCUGUUGAGCGAACAUGCUCAUCCAUCCCCAUUCCUACCAUCAUUGUCAAGGAACCAUCCACUAGCAGCAGUGGCAAGAGCAGCCAGGGUAGCAGUAUGGAGAUUGAGCCCACCACUCCGGAACACCCAUCACUAAUGCCAACUGUGGGUGGAAGUGGUGGUCUGCGCCCUGAAGACCCAACGUCUUUAGGCAACCCAUUUGCAGCAGCAAUUGCUGGUGCGGUGCGGGACCGAGAGAAAAGACUUGAGGCAAAAAAAACCUCCAUUGCCUUCCAGUCAAUAGAUAUGGGGGAUGAUGACUUGAUUGGUCCUACCCCAACACCUCGCCUUCGCCAAUCAAAGUCCAUCGAUGAGGGCAUGUUUGGUAGUGACGAACGACUCCAUAGGAUAAUGGCUCCACCAGUGCACCUUGGACCUCCUGUCGGGGGAGGCAGUGGAAACAUGACAGAUUUUAAUACUCCAGAGCCAACCAUUGUUCGGGAGCCGCUAAACACUAAGACAGGACAGUGUCCUAAUCUGGAUAGCCCUGUUAGUCUCCCAGCUACUCCUCCAAAGAGCAACUAUAGGGCCAAUGGGACCUACCUUCAUCCUGUCACUGGUAAACCUCUGGACCCUAAUUCUCCUCUCGCUUUGGCCCUUGCAGCUCGUGAUCGAGCAAUGAAGGAGCAACAAAAUCAUCAUCAAAAUCAGCAACAAAAUCCUCCUCAGGUUCCGCAAACUCCCAAACAUGAAGCUCAGUCCCUUCCCCUGCAGCCAAGCCACAAAUUAGACCUCAACCAGCCACUUUUUAUCGAUACCAAGUUGAGGUCUGGAAUUGAGACAAGUUUUGCUGCAAUCUCCUCUGCAACCAUAGGCCGUCCAGGGCGAGGUGGUUUGCGUAGGCAAAUGACUGAACAGAAAUACGAAUCUGAUGUGGCUCAGGAGGAGCGACACCAUCACACAGUUGAAGAGAGGAAAAGUGCACCUGCAGAUGUGGCUGACACACCUAAGUCAACUGGACUGUUAAUGGUUCACACCAGCAUAGAAGCAAGUAACAAGGUAAAUAACCAAGAUUUGGAAGGACAGGAUAGCAACAGGCCAUCUGAGCUGAAAGACCUCAAUCACCCUGAUCCUCGCAGUGGCCCAACAUCGUCUAUUAAUUCCCAGCCUUCCUCAACACGAAGACGUAGCAUUCCUCUAGGAGAAUCCUUGGAUGAACCCGUGAAGCUACCUUUCCGGAUCCCCCCUCCUCCGCUAGCCUCAGUUGACAUUGAUGAGGAUUUUGACUUUACAGAGCCACUCCCACCUCCUCUAGAGUUUGCAAACAGUAUUGACAUCCCCGAUGAACAGACUAGUGUGAUUGCACAGAUGCUUCAGCAACAGAGAAGGAAUGGGGGGCCUCUACUACCCCCAUACAAUGUCCAUGCCCCUCCACUUGUCACUGAUCAACACAAACGGGUGACAAACAGUAUGCCCCCUUCAAAUCCUCCUCCUCCGCCAGACCCAGAGUCAGGGGUAGGUGACUCUGGUAUUGAAGAGGUAGACAGCCGCAGUAGUGGAGACCCUCAGCACAUGGAGACCACCAGCACAGUGUCAAGCAUCUCCACCCUUUCAUCAGAAGGAGGCUACAGUGAAACCACUCUGGAGAGCCUAUAUGCUAGUGCAGAUGGACAUUGCUUCCUCGUGGAUAGACCUCCUGUACCACCCAAACCCAAAGGCAAAUCAGUCAUCAAUAGAACCUCACUUUAUCAUGAUGCCCUAAUUGAAGAACCACCUGAAUCUUAUGGGUCUCCUCCUCAGACUACUGGUGCUCACACUUCAUCUUCUGAACCUCCUAGGACUCCCACUCAAAGGACAUCAAAGCUGUGGGGUGAUCAGUCUUCUGAGCUUCAUAGUCCUCCCCCUACACCAGAGUCAAAGAACACAGUUAUCACAGAGUUGAGCUCCAUUCUGCAACACAUGAAUCGUGAAAGACCACCCAAGUCAGGGGAAAGCCUGGACUCCCCACCAGGAAACCAAGGGGCAUUUGGAACAAGGCUGCCCUCAAACGACUCAGGAAUACGUAACAACACCACCGCCCCUGGCGCUGCCGUCCUCACUUCCACGCCUCCAAGCAGCCUUCCUUCUCAGCCACACCCCUGCAGCCCUCCAGACUCCGCCUCCUCCAUCACCCCCUGCUCUUCGCUGCCGCCAUCGGUAUCACCCACACUCACAGAUGUCUUCGGCCUGCCCACCCCUCCCAUGGGCAGUGGUGGAGGUUACAGUCUGAGCUCGUCGUGCGGCGGGAGUGGGAGCUCGCGUUCACCGUCACCGCUGACUCUCAUGCAGGGGGUGGCAGCAUCAGGAAAGCCCUUUGCCUCCAAACCUGUGGAGCUAUGGAACAAGUACGACGUGGCCGACUGGUUGGAGAGCCUUCACCUAGGAGAGCACAGAGAUGCUUUCCUGGAUAAUGAAAUCGAGGGUGCCCACCUGCCCUCAUUGCAAAAAGAAGACUUGAUAGACCUGGGCGUCACAAGGGUGGGCCACCGCAUGAACAUUGAGAGGGCCCUCAAGCUGCUGCAGGACAGAUAAGCCCAGAGGACAGCAAAGAGCAGGUCACACUCUUGAGCACAGGGUCCAGGAGAUCUUUUUGUACGACACAUGCUCCAGUCAUGGAAGUUUUGUCUAAGUUGAUGAGAAGGGAGUGUCUCUGAAAUAUUGUGUCCUCAAACUGGAAGUAAUUUAUUUCUCAUGAAUAUUUGUGCUCAUCCAACUGCAGCUUUGGAAUACGACCGACCUUUCCCAUGUGUCCCGUGUGUGGGUGCAUGAAAACCAGCUGAGCUGGUCUUUUUUUCUUCUUCUUUUUGAUCCUUUUCUAUCUUUGCUAGAGAAUAAUAUGAGACUAUUUCUUCA